GAUGUGCGAGUUUUUUAUUCCAAAAUUGUGCAAAGGUUUUCCCAAGGGUUUAACGACCGACGUUGCAGAAUCCAGAAGACCCCGACUUCUCUUCUCUUCUCUUCUCUCUACCAUCCGCCAUGAGAAGAGCUUCAUCCAAACUCCUCCUCUCUCAUCGCAAACUCCCUUUCUCUCUCCUCUCCAGAGACUUCAUCACCCAAAUCUCCACCGCCACCACGACCCAUGACCCCAACCACCACCCAACCCUAACCCACCUCAAACCUACCAAAUUUCCCUCGUCCGACAUCAAAACCCACCAUUUCCAGACAAACCCAUCUCACAAUUUCAACACCCUUGCGGAUCCACACCCCUCUCCGGGUCAGAUAUCCUCAAGACAACGAAAGAUCAAAGAGAAAUCACAAGUAGAUGAGGCUUUCGAGUCGGCCGAAACCGCAGAAGAAAUGCUCAGAGCGUUCAAGGAUAUGGAGGCCAGUUUUGAUGAAAGGGAGCUGGGUUUGGCUUGUUUGAAACUAGGGCUCAAGCUUGACCAAGAAGGUGAGGAUCCUGAAAAAACCCUUUCUUUUGCUAAUAGAGCUUUGAAGGCUUUGGAUAGAGAUGAUAAUAGAGUUAGUUUACCUCUUGCUAUGGCUUUACAAUUGUUGGGUUCCUCCUGUUAUAGCUUGAAAAGGUUUAAUGAUAGUUUAGGGUACCUUAAUAGGGCUAAUAGGGUGUUAACUAGGUUAGAAGAGGAGGGUAGUUGUAGCGUUGAUGAUAUUAGGCCUAUUCUUCAUGCUGUUCAGCUCGAGUUGGCGAAUACUAAGACCGCAAUGGGGAGGAGAGAGGAGGCUCUUGAGAAUUUAAAGAAUUGUUUGAGCAUUAAAGAAAUGACUUUGGGGGAAAACAGUAGGGAACUCGGCAAUGCCAACCGGGAUUUGGCAGAGGCUUAUGUUUCCGUUUUGAAUUUUAAGGAGGCGAUGCCAUAUUGUUUGAAAGCGUUGGAGAUACACAAGGGCCAAUUGGGGAAUAAUUCGGUGGAAGUGGCGCAUGAUAGGCGGCUUCUUGGGGUUAUCUAUACCGGAUUGGAGGAGCAUGAAAAGGCGCUGGAGCAAAAUCAGUUGUCGCAAAAGGUUCUGAAGAAUUGGGGUCUUAGUUCUGAUUUGCUUCGGGCAGAGAUUGAUGCCGCCAAUAUGCAGAUUGCAUUGGGGAAGUACGAGGAAGCCAUCAAUGGUUUGAAGGGUGUUGUUCAGCAAACUGAUAAAGACAGUGAGGAUCGAGCCAUGAUCUUCACUGCCAUGGGGAAAGCUUUGUGCUAUCAAGAGAAAUUUGGUGACUCAAAAAGGUGUUUAGAGAUUGCUUGUGGGAUUCUAGACAAGAAAGAAGCAACCUCCCCAGUAGAAGUUGCUGAGGCAUAUAUUGAGAUUUCGAUGCAAUAUGAGAUUAUGAACGAGUUUGAAACUGCAAUUUCGUUGUUAAAGAGAACACAUUCCAUGCUUGAGAAGCUCCCACAAGAGCAGCAUUCAGAAGGAAGUGUUUCUGCACGGAUUGGGUGGUUACUUCUUUUAACAGGAAAGGUGCAGCAGGCGAUUCCUUACUUGGAGAGUGCAGCGGAGAGAUUGAAAGAGUGCUUUGGUUCCAAGCAUUUUGGUGUGGGGUAUAUUUACAACAAUUUGGGUGCUGCCUAUUUGGAACUAGAUAGGCCCCAGUCAGCUGCACAGAUGUUUGCAGUAGCCAAGGACAUCAUGGACGUGUCCCUUGGACCAGGCCAUGUGGAUACAAUUGAGGCUUGUCAGAACCUUUCAAAAGCGUAUGGCGCCAUGGGAAGCCACCCCCUUGCAAUUAAAUUCCAGGAGCAGGUAGUUGAUGCUUGGGAAGGCCAUGGUGCAAGUGCGCAUGAUGAACUCAAAGAAGCUCGACGACUUCUUGAGCAAUUAAAGAAGAAAGCUCAGGAAGCGUCCUCAAAGGAACCUAACAUAAGGGCCUUGCCAUUGCCCCGUAACAGUCAAGUCUCUACUAGAAACUCCCAGCCAGCUGUUUCUGUUAGGGAGAAGUUACCAGGUGCAGUUUAGUGUUUUAUUGAACAAACCUGCUGCACAAUCAAGAGCAAUUCUGUUUUCUUCUAAAAAGUGAGGGUUAUUUGUUUUUAAUCUUGAAGCGAGGCACUUUUACGUCAUUUUUGCUGAUUGUGUCUGCUCCGAUGGGGACUAAUUGAGUUGUAUUUCAAGCAUGUGGGCGAGGGUAUUGCCACGGUUCUAUUGAUUGGUUUCACGCUAAA